AUGUAUUUGAUAUUAAUUAUAGCUUCAAUAUUUAUUGAAUAUAUUUAGUGUUUAGGAAUAGAAUUAAUAGACAAGAAGCCUAAGUGUGUUUACAUGAAUGCUAAGAUAGAUGAUUAAAUAACAAUUAAAUAUUUAGUGAUUGGUGGUAUAUCAUAGGAUGUUUAGAUAUUUUUUUUUGAUCCUUAUAAUAUUUAAUAUGAUUUUUAGAGUAAUGAAUAAUAACUUAAAGCACUUUAUAGUGGAAAGUAUAGGAUUUGUUUUAAAAAUAAUGGAUAAAGUAAAACAUUAGUUGAAUUUGAUUUUGACAUUUUAGGAAUUGAUAAAAAUUAUGCAUCAAAGAAUGAUAUGAUAUAAACAAAAAUGAAUUUAAAUUAAAUAGAUUCAGAUUUUAGAUGGAUUUAAAUGCUCUAAAAAGAAUCAUAUCAUAGAGAAUAAACAAUAAAUACAAACUUAAUAAAUUUAUAUUAAUAAUUGACAAUUUCAACUAUUAUUAAAGUAAUACUAUUCAUAGUAAUAAUUUCAUUUUAAUUAUUCAUCAUAAAUUAAUUUGUUAAAUCAUAAGAUAAAUAAUUUGUACCUGUUUGA